AUGGACAGUAGGGCAAAGGCGUAUCACGUGCGUCACGGUCACGGGACAGAGCGAUAUGCAGCUUUUUAUCAGGGGCAGUAUCCAAUGCUUAUAUAUAUAUAUAUAUAUAAAUGCUACUAUAAGAGAUUAAUAGAUAUGAUAGAUAAAGGACAAUGGCAGCACAGUGGCAGGCGCAGACGCGGUACCGAAAGCGGAAGGGGCCCGGCGCGAAAACGACGAGAGCCACGAGUAAAAAUGAAAAGCGAAAACCCAAGAUCGCAAUCUACAACUAGAUCGAGAAUAGUAGUGGAUUUGCCGCAACAGCAACGGCAAAAGCGAAUCGAUCGGACGACGCGAAAAAGAGGGCAGAACCACGAAAACAAGAAAAAAGCCACGAAAUUCCUGAGCGCGUUUUCGCGUCGGAUCUGGCGGGCCAGACUGGAAAAAGGAACGCCGGGCAGAACGCCAGGUGGAAAGCCAGGCGGAAAAGACAGGCAGAAAAGUCAGGAAAAGAAACGGAAAGGCCACACAGACCAAAAAGACAGGGCUUGGGAAAUAGACCCCACUUCCAUCCCACGUUGA